UUACUAAUAGACCGUCAAAACAAGAAACACUUCUUUAUAUCUUUAUUGUGUAAAUUGAACACGCAUUUAAUAAGAAUGCGUAGGUCUACAGGAUUUAUCGUUAGUUCUGAUGAAAUAGUAAAUAUAGAAGCCGUUCGUUCUCUAGGAUAUCUGGUUGUGCAUGAGAAUGAGUGAAGAAGUAAAAAUAAUGUUUAAAUCAUCCAAGAAAAGACAAGUUAGGAGAAGAGAAUCAUCGUCCGAUGAAGAAGUUGAAUAUAACAAGGAGGAAUAUGAAAAAACUAGAGAAUUGCAGAAAUUAAGAAAACGAACUGCUGGUACCAACGUGAUCACCCUGGUAUCUGGUAAAAAGAUCUCAAAGAUCGAAGAAGAAAUCUGUGAUGAUCCAUUUAAGAUCAAAUCUGGUGGUUUAGUGGAUAUGAAAAAUAUGAAAGGGUACAAACAGACGGAGGAGAGUGCUUACGAGGUUGGAACGCAGUUCUCCAAGGAAACCCAUAUCCGGGACGAGGAUGACGAGAUGAGGAAGUUCAUCGAGAUGGAGAUGGAGAAGAGGAAAGGUGUGAGGGAGGAGGAGAAUAAUAAAGGACCUCAGUAUCUCUCCCCGGAAGACGCCGCUCUUCUCUCACUACCAGAACAUCUCAGGAAAUCAACGUUUAAGAAAGACCAGCAAAUGUUGUCUGCCCAAAUGUUGAGUGGUAUACCGGAAGUGGAUCUGGGUAUUGAAUCUAAAAUACAAAAUAUUGAGAGGACGGAGAAGGCAAAGCGGAAAUUGAUCGAGGACGCGAAGAUGACCGGAGGAGUUUCAAAAGUUACAAAACCGGGUCCAAGCUUUGGACAGCAUGACAGAUUUGAACGGGAAGAAUCUACGACUAGAGGACGAGAGAAGGAAAGAGAACGUCCUGCAGUUAAACAAGGAGCUCGUCCUAACACUGUAGUUAUGACUGAAAAUGACGAACCUGCGCAGAAACUGCUGAAAGGGCGAGCACAUGACGAUGCUGCCGUAGACCGGUUCAAGGAACAUGCUAAAAGAUGAUAAAUGGAACAAAGCACUUUGUAAUUCAUAUAAAUAAAAAUUCAUUCGUAUCCUA